CGCUGCUGUACGCUGCGCGUGGCGCUCUGGGCCUUCGGUCGCGCGUCCUCUCGCCAUGUCCCGGUCUCCGGCACCCCGCGCCGUCUCUGGCGCCCCUCUCCGGCCCGGUACGGUGCUGGGCACCAUGGAGAUGGGGCGCCGCAUGGAUGCGAGUGCUAGCGCUGCGACCGUACGCGCCUUCCUGGAGCGCGGCCUCAACGAGCUGGACACCGCCUUCAUGUAUUGCGACGGCCAGUCCGAAAGCAUCCUGGGCAGCCUGGGGCUCGGGCUGGGCAGCGGCGACUGCACAGUGAAAAUUGCCACCAAGGCCAACCCUUGGGACGGGAAGUCGCUGAAGCCUGACAGUGUCCGGUCCCAAUUAGAGACGUCAUUGAAGCGGCUGCAGUGUCCCCGGGUGGACCUCUUCUACUUACACGCUCCUGACCACGGCACUCCUAUCGUGGAGACCCUGCAGGCCUGCCAACAGCUGCAUCAGGAGGGCAAGUUUGUGGAGCUUGGCUUGUCCAACUAUGCCUCCUGGGAGGUAGCCGAGAUCUAUACCCUCUGUAAAAGCAACGGCUGGAUCCUGCCAACUGUGUACCAGGGCAUGUACAACGCCACCACCCGGCAGGUGGAGACUGAGCUCCUCCCCUGCCUCAGAUACUUCGGACUGAGGUUCUAUGCCUACAACCCUUUGGCUGGAGGCCUGCUGACUGGCAAAUACAGAUAUGAAGACAAGGAUGGGAAACAGCCCGAGGGCCGCUUCUUUGGGAAUAGCUGGUCUGAGACCUACAGGAACCGCUUCUGGAAGGAACACCACUUUGAGGCCAUUGCCCUGGUAGAAAAGGCCCUGAAGACCACCUAUGGCACCAGUGCCCCCAGCAUGACCUCGGCUGCCCUGCGCUGGAUGUACCAUCACUCACAGCUCCAGGGCACCCGAGGGGACGCAGUCAUCUUGGGCAUGUCCAGCCUGGAGCAGCUGGAGCAGAACUUGGCGGCCACUGAGGAAGGUCCCCUGGAGCCCGCUGUCGUGGAGGCCUUUAACCAAGCCUGGAACGUGGUCGCCCACGAGUGUCCCAACUACUUCAGAUAGACUGUCGUGACUCAAGACGCCAGGGCUUUUCUGCCAACUCUUAGAGUCACACCCUGGCCACUCCUUGCCCAGUGCUGACCUAGUGUGGUCUUUUCUGCUGGUCUCCAUCCACUCCCUGCUCUUUUCCCGUCUGAAUAAAGCAGGCGUCCGACCUAGCUGCAGCCGGACUGAA